UAAUAGCGACAGCACGUGCGUGGCAACAAGUUGAUAUCUGAUAAGAGUGCAAAACAGCUAGCUUUAGCUCAGCGAUCAAAGGCGAUCACUUUGCUUUCGAACCGGGAUUUCCAUCGAACGGACUACAAGUAUAUUGUCGACGUCAGCUCGAGCCCCCUUUUGGCUGGAGUCUAAUAAUACAAUCAGUGACAACAAUGCGAAUUGUUUAUUAAUAAUUCGACUCAGCUCAGAUUGCUGGGGGCUGAUGUCCGACUUCGACCCGCGCCACAGAUCAGUAGUCACUGAGUCGUCGAAUCGAGCGCACGGCAUCCGGAUCGAGCACCCAAGAUGAGCUUCAGCCUUCGCUUCCGGCCCCCUGUCCACCUGCUGGUGGACGUGCUCCUGCUGGGCCUCCUGCUCGUCCUGGUGGAGAACUUCGCCCGCUUCUGGGGACCGCCCACGAAGCGUGGCUUCUUCUGCGACGACCAGUCCUUGAUGUACCCGUACCACGAGAACACCGUCAGCCCCACGCUGCUCCACUGGCUGGGACUCUACCUGCCGCUGAUCCUGCUGUUCGUCCUGGAGAGCCUCUUCUGCUACCAGGGGGGCGUGGACCAGUGGGCGAAGCUCUGGCCGUUGCAGAACACAGUGCGCUGGUUCCUCUACGGCUAUGUGUUCAACGACCUGCUCAAAGGCAUUGCCAAGCACACAAUCGGACGCCUGCGGCCCCACUUCUUCGCAGUGUGCCGACCCCACUUCCCGGACGGGACCAACUGCUCCGAUGUGGCCCAUCGCGGGGAACUGGUAAGGGGGGAGUACCACGCGGACUACACCUGCCGGCCCGAUCUGUCGCUGGCCAGCGAGGACAUGAUCCGGGACGUGAACGUCUCAUUCCCCAGCGGCCACUCCGCCAUGGCCUUCUACGGCCUGGUCUUCGUGGCGUUGCACCUGCGCCGCCGACGCUGGCCCCUGGAUGGCUCCCUGCUGGGCCCCGUGCUCCAGCUGGCCUGUGUGGCCGUGGCCUGGUUCGUGGCCCUCAGCCGGGUGAUGGACUUCAAGCACCACUGGUCAGAUGUUGCGGCCGGCUCGCUGCUGGGUGCCGGCACCGCCCUUGCGGUCGUCCAGGCUGCCGCCUGCGUGGAGCGGCGGAGGAGGUGCCCGGAUCCGGAGCAGGCGGCCUCGACCGACGCAGAAAAGGUGGGUGGCCAACAGGUGCCGCACGAUUUGUGUCUGGUUUCGUGCCAGAGCUCUGAUUAGUCGGGCUCCGGCACUGGUAGUCUAAGGUUGACAAUAAAGUUAGUGACAAGAGAA